GUCUUACUUUCGACGAGCACUUCGAACAGGAAGGAGCGAUGAAGUUCGUGGCUUGACCGAAAGAGUUCUCUUGACACACGUGGUAAUGCGCUGAACAAGUCUCUGAUCACAGAAAUGACCAUCACCUCAAGUCAGUCAUCUUCGAGGGCAAUUGAAGCAUAGAUGGAAGAAAAACAGACAACAAGUAAUAGAGACUAUCACGUGCGGCACUCGGUAAAGCUUCCUCGUUUCUUGCAGCGGGAGCAUCCGCGAUUGCGCGUUGGUCAUUCUAGAGUUGGAUGCUGAUUUCACAGACCUGAUGCGCAUUAUUAUCGCAACAUCCACCUCCGGCUACCAGACAUUAUUCACCAGGCCGGUUACCUCACAUCGGCGUGUGAACUGAGUCGGCAUCAUGGCGGCCGUCCAGGACCAAGCGGCCAUUGAUUUCGCCAGCUCACUCACUCCAUCCGACAUUCCGAUCAAGCUACGAUGCGCCACAUGCAGCAAGCUCGCUGUCAACGCCUUCAAGCUCCAAUGCUGCGACUCAUCCAUCUGUCAAGAUUGCCAGGCAACACUAUCCGAAGCCUGCCCAGUAUGCAGUCACUCUCCUCUGGACCCCGACAUGUGCAAGCCCAACAAGUCAUUGCGCAUGACCAUCCGAUCCUUCAUCAAGGCCGAGGAGAAGAAGAGAGCUGCCGCUGCUGAGGCUGCCGCAGCAGCAGCCGCUGAGCCCGAAGAGACGCCAAUCCAACCAUCCGAGACACCUGCCGAUCAAUUACAAGAAGAGUCGGAGGCCCAGGCCGAGGUAUUCGCUGAGAUAAGCCAGGAAGAAGGCGCCGCUCCCGCAGAUGUCGCAGAUGAUGCGACCGCGCCAGAGGCCACCGACCCACUCGCUCAGGUUGAAGAGGUUUCUGAACAACCCGCGACCGGAGACGUCACGGAUCCGGAUCAAGCUGAGCAGACAACUGGACCUGAGGAAGACGCUGUUGCGCAAUCAAUCGAAGGCGUCGACCCAGAGAACACUGAAGGCGACCAAAAGGAUGUACCGGAGGACAGCGAGACCCAACAACAGGACCAGAAUGGCCAGGACGCUACCCAAAACAACAUGCAGAACAUGGACUGGAACGCUGCUAACGGAUUUAACCCUAUGAUGAACAUGGCCAACGGUUUCAACCCGAUGAUGGGCAUGAUGGGCAUGCCUGGAAUGAAUCCCAUGUCCAUGUUUGGUGGCUUUGGCCCCGGCGCAAUGGGCAUGCAAGACAUGAGUGGUAUGAACAUGGGAAUGGGCUUUGGUGGCGGUUUCGGUGGCAAUUGGAAUGGACAGCAGGGAAUGGGCGGAAACUUUGGCGCUGGCUAUUAUCCCAACGCUGGAUAUAAUCAACCCCAAAUGCACCAAGGAGGCUAUGCCAAUCAACAGUUCCCCAAUCAUAAUAACUACCAGAACCAGAAUCGCUUCCACCAGCGUGGUGGUUUUGCUGGCCGUGGGAGAGGCGGCGGUGCCUUUGUUGGUGGAAAUGCUGGUUCAUUUAACCAAUCUAACCCUCAGGCCCAGCAAGACGACGCUUCUCAUCCUCAGGAUUCUGAACACGGCGAUCGUCGUCCUUCUCAAGCCGGUACCGAUUCUGCUGAGGCUGGUGCUGAAAGACGCAACUCCCAAUCUGUAGCUCCCGCGUCCCAGAUGCCAGCAGAAGAGACAUCUGCCCUAGAGCAACAGCCAGAUACCGCCAAUGAGGAGACUAACGAACAGAUGCCUGAAGGUGAAGAGCAAACAGAAGCUCAAGGUUUCGAGAAUGGUGACGAGAUGCAAGGAAUGCAAGACGAAGAAGGAAAUCAGAUCAUGCAUUCGAACAAUGAAGGUGCAAACAUGAUGGAUCCCAAUGCCUUCAGCCCAGCCAUGAUGGCUAUGGGUGGUUUCAACCCUGCCAUGACACCGAUGAUGCCAUUUGGUAAUCAGAACGGCUUCUUCCCGCAAAACAACUUCAACGGAGGAUUUGGCGGAAGAGGAAGGGGCGGGUACAGAGGCAGAGGCGGCUUCCGUGGUCGAGGUGGCUUCAAUCCCAACAUGCACGGCGGCUUCAAUGGACAUAUGUCACAACCUCCUGAAGAUUUCACAGUCGUUGCAGGAUCCACAGAAGGUCCACCAAUUGAUGCUCCCAAGGGUCCCAAGGCUAUGCGUGAAGGUCUUCCCAACAGUGGCAUCUAUAGCAGAGGUGGCUAUCAAGGUGGAAGAAACGCUCAUCACACACCCACUCCUCAACCUCAAUCUCUUCCUGCUCAAUCACCACAGCCGCAGAGAGAACGCAGCCAGUCUCCUGUCCGCGACAACAGAGAACGUGGUCGUUCGCCUUCGCAUUCUGCAUCCGGCUCUCAUAGCCGCAAGCGCAAGCAUAGUGUCGAGUCUCAAGGCAGUGAAGCUCGCGACCGCAGACGUGACAGACGUCGCCGUCAUGAAAGAAAACACGAUGACGAGCCUGUCGAUGAGAGAAGAGAGGUGACAAGAUCCGACUCCGGCGACGAAGACACAUCUAGGCGAUCACGUCGCCGUCGGGACAAGGAUAAGCACCGUUCAACCCGCGACGCCAGCAGAGACCGCGACCACCGUCGCCGCCGUAGUAGAUCUCGCGGCGGCGAAAAGGAUCACCGCACCACCAACGACGACGCCACCUCGCGACCUAAGAGCCGCCGCGAGCGCGAACGCGAAAGGGAAAAAGAACGCUCCGACCGCGACAGAAAUGAUCGCGACCGCAAACGCUCACGCAGAGACCGCUCGACUUCUGCAAAUGGCAACACAGACCACUAUUCCUCUUCCCGCCGCUCUCGCCGCGACGACCCGCCACCCACUGAAGUCGACCAAGGAUUCAAAAUUAAGGGCUCUCGCGGCAGCAAACAGGCUUUUGCUCCACCCACCGGCCCACGCAAAGACCGCGGUAGCACCAACAACAACGAAGACCGCAGACGUCCAUCUCUGCAAUCCGUCGCUGUUCCCCAAGAUACCUCUACUUCAGCCGCCGCAGACCCAUACGCUCUAGAACGCGAAGCACGUAUCAAAGAACGCAUGGCCAAAGAACAACAACGACGUGAAAGCGCCACGAUGGGCAGUAGCAACAAGAGAGGCAGAAACGAAGACGGCGGUGGUGGAAGAAGAGGCUCCAAUGCUGGGUUUGAAGCACAGCAGAAGGGAGGAGGUAGGAAGAGUAGAAAGAUCAGUUAUAGGUAUGAGGACGAAGAGGGUGAGGAGGCUAGGGCUGAAAGAGUGGAGAGGGAGAGGGAGGCUGGGAGAUGGAAUUGAUGAUUGCAAAGGAGGA